AUGGCUCCCAAAAUUGAUGAUGUUUCCAAAAUUGAUGUCUCUAAGGAAACUUGGGCUGUUGUUGUGAAGGUCAUUCGUUUGUGGUUAACUCCUAGCUACUCAGGGUCUAAGCUUCCUUCAUCUUUGGAAAUGGUUUUGAUGGACUCGAAGGGCUGUAAAAUCCAUGCAUCUAUCAGACGAACAUUGGUCUAUCGUUUCCAAAACCAGUUGAGUGAGGGUCGUGUUUAUCAAAUAUCUUUCUUUGGUGUUUGUGAGAAUGGAGGCGAAUUCAGGACAACCUCUCAUCCAUACAAGAUCAAUUUCCACAUGCAUUCCAGUGUCAGGCUCAUGUCCUCCACCUCUAUCCCCGGAAACCCAUUCUCUUUCAUGUCUUUGUCGGAUGUAGUAUUCAAAGAACCUGAUACCUCAUUCCUUAUAGACGUAAUAGGUAUAUUGACUAGAUCUUCGGGAGAGCAACAAUUUGAAAAACAUGGUAAAAUGCAGAAGAGGAUCACUAUAGAAAUCGAACAGGAAGGAGUACGUAUUGAAGCUGCCUUUUUUGGUAAAUAUGUCGACGAAAUCGUUGUUCAGUUGGCUUCUGGAGACAUGACCAAUGCUGUUGUUGUAGUCCAGUUUGCAAAGAUUAAGCCUUUUAAAGGAUCUUUGCUUACUCAGUUAUAUGUUGUUCAGAAUCAAAUAGAGUUAGAUUUUCUAGAGCCUCUAUGA